AUGAAGGACUCUCGGGGAAACAACAUCGGAGAUAGUCGCUAUACCACGAACUAUGCAGAAGAUCUGAAGCCAGAGGUAGAGGAGCUACCUCCUGGAACAAGCGAGGAAUUCUUGAGAGACGUUGCUCAGAGACUGAAGAGUUCCCCAUUGGUUCGAGACUUGGAAAGCGGAAGGAUCAAGUUUCGUAACAGUGUCGUCGGAACGGAGGUUGUCGACUGGAUGGUCAAACAAAGAAUCGCCAAGGACAGGAGGGUAGCGGUGGCGUAUGGAAGACAGCUGAUCCGUCUGGCUGAGAUCGUUCACUGCACCAGAGGGCAUGACUUCAAGGACGAAGAACUCUUCUAUCGUUUCGUAUCUGACUACGAGAAGGGUUUGAUCAAUCCCAAGACUCCUUACCAGUACGCGAUGAGGGUCCUCUCAACACCUCCCAUCCUGUUUGCCGGCAUCGUUGCCUUCCUAGUCAUUGCUAACAUUGCAUACCUGUUCAAAUCACCUUAA